AUGGCGGCCCGCUUCAUUACGUGUUCAGGGAUAAAUGCUCUAUAUUCUGCUGUGUGUGCUCCAAAACAGGCCGUGAGGAGUUGUUGGGCGGCUGUAGAGCAGGUGAGGGGGUAUUAUGUGGACUGGAGAAUGUUGCGUGAUGUCAAGAGGAGACAAAUGGCCUUUGAUUAUGCGGAUGAGAGACUGCGGAUCAAUGCCAUCAGAAAAAACACCAUCCUGCCCAAGACACUACAGGAGUUGGCAGAUAAGGAAAUCGCAGAAUUGCCCAGAGACAGCUGUCCCGUACGGAUUCGGGGCAGCACGUGUCGCUGUUACUGGUGGAGCUACUGGAACUGGGGCAGAAGAACAGUCACCGGCGCGUGCUCCUUCUGUUGUCGAUCAUUAAAUAAAAUCAGUGAAAUGGAUCUAAAUGAGCAGAUCAGUCAGUUGGAGGCAGACUUGACAGAACUCGGGUCUCUGUUGGAGAAAGCCGAGAGAAUCCGAGUUAAAGACGUGUUGACAAAAGAGAUGAAGAAAGUGGAGAAAGAUCUCUCAGACAAAAAACAACAGAAGGAGCAACAGGCACGAAAAGACGUGAAUCCCUCAGUACCGUCUAAACUGGCUUACACAGUUAAAAUCACUAACUAUGCAUGGGACCAGUCUGAUAAAUUUGUGAAAAUCUAUAUAACUCUCAAGGAUGUGCAGAAGAUUCCAUCAGAAAAUGUUGAAGUCACAUUUACAGAAAGUUCAUUUUCUGUGCUGGUAAAGGAACUGAAUGGAAAGAACCACCAGAUGACAAUUCUCAACCUAUUAAAUCCGAUCAAUGACAAGGAUAGUUAUAAAAAGAUAAAAACAGACAUGAUUUUGAUUAUGUGCAAGAAGCAGUCCACUCAAAAGUGGGAAUACCUAACCAAAGUGGAAAAGCAAACUAAAGACAAGGACAAACCAAAAGUGGAAGACAAUGCAGACCCCAGUGAUGGUCUGAUGACCAUGCUCAAGAAGAUCUAUGAUGAUGGAGAUGAUGAGAUGAAGAGGACCAUUAACAAAGCCUGGUCGGAAUCCCAGGAGAAGAAAGUCCGAGGAGGAGCUGCAGACAUGAUGGACUUUUGA